AUGAGAUGUAAUCUGCGUAUCUUUUCAUCAUCAUCUCAGGAACACCUUGCAAAGCUCAACAAAUCAAUCAUGUCUGGUUUGAGAGUUGUUUCGAGAAAUGAGCUCUUUGAUACCACGACUAACGUUACAGCGACUGAUGAUCGUGUAGUGCUGCCGAAGCUUGAUCUAGAAUUCGUCGACGUUCAAACUCAACAAGAAGACAAUAUAAAGUCGGACAGAAAUGAUGAAUCGGAUGUUAACAAUUCCGCAGAAGAGUUUGAAUUCCCACUAUUCUCUUUUGGAACCAUUACCGAUUCAACAACCCCCGCGAAUGAUGUUGGCGAAAGUGUACAGACAGAUGAAAACAGAGGUAGAAAGGCAACGGCCCUAAUAAAGGUCAGCCUUCGUGAACCGAGUCCAGACUCAGCUCCAAUAGGUAGAGCAAGAACGUAUUACUGUGCAGAAUAUUCAGAGCAGGACAGACAUAACUUUUCUGCAGCCGCAGUGUCUGCAGAUGUAAUAUUAAAAUAUGCUGAGCUGGGACCGUAUCCCGGAUGGCUUCAGUUCAGAGGAAAAGUAAUAGAUGUAGAUGAGCAUAAUCGUAAAGUCCACACAGAGCAGGUUCGUAUCAGGCAUUUACGGAGAAAAAGGCCAGGUAAAAGGCAGAGAAUGGCAAGAUUACACGGUAAAGAGAGAGAAGAUCUGAGGAAGCAAAGAGAUUCAGAGAUAAAGAAGCUACUAAAGAAGAAGUUCCAUAAGCGUGGGGGAAAGAAAAACAAAAAGAAGGCUACGAACCCCCUUGCAGAUGCAGGUGCUAUAAGUAAGGCGAAGGCUAAACCAUAA